CGAAAUCAUAAUUCGUCGCGUUUAUCAGUGCAGUUUUAAACUGUUGCGUCGAUUUAAUCGAUUAUCAUCAUAUCCAGUGAUAAAGCAUGUGAUAACCAGAGGUUAAGUAUUUUUCAACCUAUUUAUUUGGGCUUAAGUCAUUCAAAAUGAGUGCCCUUGUGCUGUUAUUUGUUGUUUUGGUGCUGCUAAUUUUUAAAUCAAUCCAUUCGCACUUUCUGCGACGAUACACCUUCUGGAAGGAACGCGAUGUACCUUUUCUGGAACCCCAAUUUCCGGUGGGAAACGUUGGCGAUACGUUGAAAUCCACCAUUCAUUUUGCCCACAUAACUGAUAACCUAUACCGGAGGUUGAAACACCACGGGGACUACGCAGGAAUUUACUUCUUCCGGGAUCCGGUUCUGAUGGUUCUGUCCCCUGAGUUUGCGAAAACUGUGUUGGUUAAAGAUUUCAACUAUUUUGUCGAUCGAGGCGUGUAUAGCAAUGAAAAAGAUGAUCCAUUGUCGGCUAACUUGUUUUUCAUGGAAGGUCACCGCUGGCGAAAAUUGAGGGCAUUGCUAACACCAACGUUCACUUCCGGUAGGCUCAAAGCUAUGUUUCACACAAUUCUUGCUGUAGGCGAACAGUUCGAUCGAUAUCUGACGGAUUAUACUGCCGACAAGAGAGAGGUCGAGGUGAAAGACCUUCUAGCAAGGUUUACUACGGACAUCAUAGGGUCCUGUGCCUUCGGAAUUGAUUGCAACAGUUUGGAAAAUCCUAAAUCUCAGUUCCGUGAGAUGGGUAAAAGGAUGAUUAAUUUCCCUAAACUGAAAGCUUUGAGGAUUUUCUUCGCAAUGAUGUUUCGGGAUAAGGCCCGAAAGUUGGGAAUCCGAUUCAACGAUGCGGACGUUUCCGAAUUUUUCAUGGGAGUCGUUCGAGAUACGAUCCGCUAUCGGGAGGAGAACAACGUACAGCGCAAAGAUUUCAUGCAACUUUUAAUCGAUUUGAAAAACAAAGGUCACAUGGAGGGUGACAAACCGGACGAGGAACAAAGUCCAUCGGGUUCACCCAGACUAACUUUCGAGGAAAUUGCAGCCCAGGCAUUCGUGUUUUUCUUUGCCGGGUUUGAAACAUCUGCUACGACGAUGACUUUCGUGUUGCAUCUUUUAGCCUCCCACCAGGAUGUACAAGAGAAGGGUCGCAAAUGUGUUCUGGAAACGUUGGCUAAACAUAAUGGCCAGUUUACGUACGAUUCUCUGAUGGAAAUGAACUACAUCGAUUGUAUCAUUAACGAAACGUUGAGGAUUUACCCACCAGUAGCAACUCUGCACCGCAUGACUAACAAACCUUAUAAACUUCCCAAUGGGGCCAUUAUUCCGGAGAAAACCGGCAUUGUCAUACCGAACUUGGCUAUCCAAAGAGAUCCGGAUUACUUUCCAGACCCGUUGGCUUUCCGACCGGAAAGAUUCUUCGAAGAAUCCAAAGAACAACGCCAUCACUUUUGUCACUUGCCGUUUGGAGAGGGGCCUCGCAUUUGCAUCGGGAUGCGCUUUGGAUUGUUGCAAACUCGCAUGGGCAUUGCAAUGCUGCUCAGAAGCUAUCGGUUUAGCUUUUGUUCGAAAUCAAUCGAUCCUGUUCCGAUUGAUCCCGUUAAUCUGAUCCACAGUCCAGCGGGAGAAAUUUGGCUCGGGAUUGAAAAGAUAUCGGCCUUCGUUGGUGCGGAUACACGUCUUCCCAAUAUGGAUGUGGCGAUCGAUAUAUCAGGUCGGGUGUUAACGGCAAUGUACAACAGUGCCCCAAUCAAACUUUGGUACUGCCGGGAACCAAUUGCUUUCCGGCCGGGGGGUAACUGCGUCAGAACCCAGGUGUCGUUCUCUGCUAAUGAUGCCAUUUCUUCAGCCAUGGCUGCACGCCACUGCUUACUGUCGGGACUGGCAAUCGCUUCUCCAGUAGCCAACGCUCUCUCGUCACCUUCCCGCCAAGCGUCCGUUAUGGGGGCUGGUGCUACGCCCGGUUCGAUGAAUUUCCAAAGUUGGUCUCGCCGAAGCAAAGCUUGUACCGAAAACGACCACGACGGUAAGAUGUGGAUUUACUUGCUGAUAACAGUUAUCUCGCUGGCGGUUUGGUUUGUGCGGAAUAAGUACGGCUUCUGGAAACGUCAUGGAGUGCCCUACAUCCAGCCGCGAUUCCCGUUUGGAAACAUCCAAGGCGUAGGCCGUCGGAUGCAUUCCUCACAGCUGAUGACCAGGUAUUACAAUCAAAUGAAAGGAAAGCACCCGUAUGGAGGAAUUUUCUUCUUCACUAAUCCGGUGGCUCUGGCUUUGGAUUUGGAGUUUGUCAAAGACGUUUUGGUACGGGAUUUUCAGUACUUUCAUGAUCGUGGCGUUUACUACAACGAAAAGGACGAUCCCAUUUCUGGGCACCUGUUUAACAUUGAAGGCACCAAGUGGACCAAUCUCCGCAGGAAGUUGAUUCCGACCUUCUCUUCCGGUAAAAUGAAGAUGAUGUGUCCUACGAUCGUGGAGGUGGGGGAACGUUUCGGUGAAUGCGUAACCCGAUGUAUCGCUCAGGACGAGGAAAUCGAAAUGAAAGAUCUGCUGGCCAGAUUUACAACCGAUGUGAUCGGGUCCUGUGCCUUCGGAAUCGAUUGUAAUAGUUUAAACGACCCGGAUGUGGAGUUCCGGCGUGUGGGUAAAAAAGUGUUCGAACUUCCCCCGGGUCGUCUGCUGAAGUUUUUUUUCAUGGGAACCUUCAAAGAUUUCUCGCGACGAAUCCACAUCAAGGGAACUGCCGAUGAUGUUUCCGAGUUCUUCUUCAAGGUCGUUCGCGAAACGAUCGAAUAUCGAGAGAAGAACAAUGUGCAGCGUAAUGAUUUCAUGAAUCUGCUGAUGCAGCUGAAGGACAAGGGUGAGCUGGACGACGACUCGGGGGAACUGGUGGGCACCCUCAGCUUCAAUGAGGUCGUUGCGCAAGCGUUCGUGUUUUUCUUGGGUGGUUUUGAAACUUCCAGUACGACCAUGUCUUACUGCUUGUACGAGCUAUCGUUACAUGAAGAUAUUCAAGAACGUGCCAGGCAGUGCGUGCGAGAUGCCGUCAAGAAACAUGGCGGCAUGAACUACGACGCCGUGAUGGAUAUGGAUUAUAUCGAACAGUGUGUCAAUGAAUCCCUGCGCAAAUACCCGCCGGGAGCGAAUCUGAUCCGAAGUGUAACGAAGGAUUAUCAGGUGCCCAACUCCAAAGUAAUCUUCACCAAAGGUAUGAGCGUUAUGAUACCGGUCUACGCCAUCCACCACGAUCCGGAAUACUACCCAGAGCCGGAGAAGUUCGAUCCGGACCGAUUUUCCCAAGAAAAUUGUGCCAAUCGGAAGCCGUUCACAUUUAUGCCAUUUGGCGAAGGGCCCAGGAUCUGUAUUGCGGCCCGGUUUGGACUGCUGGAGACCAAGAUUGGGCUGGCAACGUUGCUGAUGAAUUUUAAGUUUUCGCGGUGCUCAAAAUCUGUUGUGCCGCUGGUAAUUUCUUCCAAACAUGCGGUGCUAACACCUAGUGGAGGCUUGUGGUUGAAGGUGGAAAAGUUGGAACAAUAAGUGAUAUAGUCUGUUUAGGAAGGUAGUUUGAUUUAUUAACACGAAAGAAUGUGAUUUUUAAAUUAUGCAGAUAUGUUCAUACAAACACGGUGUAUUUAACUGAAAUUUUAAAUGAAUAAAAAUGAUUUAUCUUCAUAUAAGAAUUUUA